UUCUACUCAGUGUGUCGAGAGAGAGGAGAGGAGGGGUGGGGGGAUUGUGGCGUAGGCGAAUCGGGUCCUGUGUACGAAUCACUCUGUUCCUAUGACGGGAAUGAAAAUCCAAACUGUAAUUCUAGUAUUGUAACGAAAAUGUGGAGUGUUUUCUAAAAACAUCGCAAGCGGGUUUGUCGUUUUGUGAAAGUAAUUGGGAAGAUGAGAUGAUUUCUGGUGGUUUCGUGGCUUUGAUGACGGGGGCACCACGCGCGGUUUGCUUCCGAUUGGCUAUGGCAUCGUCGUCCUUCCCUGUCUUCGUCUUGCGAGCGCUUGCUGCUGCUGCUGCCGCUCGACGCUCCUCCUCUUGCCCAUCGUACGGGCUGCUGCUACUUGCCUCCAUUGCUCCUCUUGGGUAGUCACUACAGGUGCUCUAAUUCUUGCGGCUGCACCGAGCUCUCAUUUGCUAUGUCGGGGCCUAAUUUUCGCCGGAUCAGUGGAGACUAGUGUUGUUCUCUGUGUUGUGGUGGGGACGGGAUUUAGAUUUGGAGUGGUGGUUGGAAGUCACAGGUGCAAGGGGAACCGUGGACUUGAGGGGCUGGGGGUCUUGGAGGAGAGGUGUUGCAUUUAAUUGAAGUGACUGGGAUGCGUUUGGAGUUGGAGGGCGUGACUCGGAUAUGAUUGGGAUUGGAAUUUGGUAGACUGUGGCGGGAUGUGGGAGCCUGGAGGUUGGUUGCGGAGGUUGUCUUGGUGGGUAGCAGACCUUGGAUAGGUGUUCCUGGCUUUUUGAGAUCGUGACAUUAGCUGAAGCGUUUUGGACUGUGCUGUGGUGCGUUGUGCCGUGGCGAGGUUUGGAGCAACGCAGUAUUAGAGAUUGUUUCGUUCUGCAUUAUUGCUCAUGCCGCGGGUUUCUAAGCUGAAAGCUGUGGAUUAUCUCAUGUGUCUAUCGCGCACAUGAAUUAAUACGCACGGUGCAGCUUCUUAGACUUCCUGCCUCUUCACAUUCUUAGGGUUUUCGAAGUCCUUGUGAAUUGUGCUGUAGGGAAUACGCUCUAUUUUAUAGAGCUAUUGGUUCGAAAUUGACGAGGUCUGGUGGCGUGGCUUGAAGUGUCAUUGAAUAUGCCUUGCCCUCGGAGGGUGCAUUUAGAGUUACAUCGAAAUUGCAGCCGUGAGAUUUCGUGAGGAGCGGGAAUCGAAGAUGGGGAGUUGGCUUGAAUAGCAUCUUGUGGACUCUUAGAUUAGACUGAGCUUUCAGUAGGAGAUCUCAUGCGAGGAUGGAUUUGGCAAUGACAAUUUCUUGCGAUAGAGUGAAGCUUUGAUAGUGGUGCAGCCAUCACAGUGAGGAUGGAGGGAGGGUCUGGGCCCUUUGCCCAAGGGUCGGUAGAGCCUCAUGUAUCUUCCGUGGAAAGGGUUAAGCAAGAACCACGAACGGGCUACUGGUCGGAGGAUGAUGUCAAGUGCAAGGUUGCAGUGUCAACAAAUUCAGACUUGGACAAGGAUUUUCUCUGCCCCAUUUGCAUACAGACCAUGAAGGAUGCAUGCCUGACCGCUUGUGGGCACAGCUUUUGUUACGCGUGCAUAACGACGCAUUUGAAUAACAAGAAAAAUUGUCCUUGCUGCGGAUUGUACCUUACGAACAACCAGCUUUUUCCCAACUUUUUACUAAAUAAGUUGUUGGUAAAGGCUUCCGCUUCUCAGCUUUGUAGUAAUGCAUCCCCAGCCGAGCAUUUACGGCUUGCCCUUCAGCAGGAUGUGGAUUUUCCUGUUAUAGAGCUGGAUUCUCUCAUGCACUUGCUGUCAGAGAAGAAACGGAAGGCUGAACAAGAAGAAGCUGAAACUAAUAUGGAGAUUUUAUUAGAGUUUCUGCGUCGGUCUCAGCAGCAGAAGCAAGAAGACCUUUAUCUUAUACAAGGGGAUCUUCAGUUUCUCACGGAAGACAUCAGCACCGUGGAGAAGCAGCGGCAAGAUCUCUUGCGAGCUAAGGACGAGUACCUACUUAAAAUUCGAAUGAUGGGACAAUACACUGGGGCAGAUACCUUAGCCAUAUGUGAAAACAUUGGUAAUGGUGGAGCCACUUCUCAGAACCGAGGUGGUCAGGGUGGUGCAUCAGUUCCAGCUAGUUCGCUUUCAACCAGUCUUCAGAGGGAUCACAGAGGACGAGGUGCUUCUAUUGGGACCCACAAAAAAGCAAUACUGGUAGAAGGUUUGACGUUGAGCAAGUGUCAAACUGAUUCGCAGGGGUUGUUUUCUUCACCAGCGGUCCUGAUAAUGGCAAAGAAACGCCGUGUGAUGGCUCAGUUUGAGGACUUGCAAGAAGCUUAUCUGCAGCGCAGAAGGAAAGUGGCACAGGCUCAACGUCAAAAACAAAAAUUAUCGCACACGGUUGCAGAUAAAGGUGAAAAUGUUGCGUCUGCAGGUUCCGAUCGAUACUGUUCGGGUCUACAUGAUUUCCAGUCUGUGCUUAAUGCAUUUACACGUUACAGUCGUUUGCGUGUGAUUGCAGAGCUGCGUCAUGGAGAUUUAUUCCAUUCCUCUAAUAUUGUUUCGAGCAUUGAGUUUGACAGGGAUGACGAGUUUUUCGCUACAGGUGGUGUUUCAAGGCGGAUAAAGGUCUUUGAGUUUGCAACGGUUGUCAAUGAAUUGGCUGACGUGCAUUGCCCAGUAGUUGAGAUGUCAACGAGGUCGAAGUUAAGUUGCCUAAGUUGGAAUAAGUACAUCAAGUCACAUAUUGCCAGCAGUGAUUAUGAAGGCAUUAUUACUGUCUGGGAUAUUAAUAAACAUCAGAGCAUCAUGGAAUAUGAGGAGCAUGAAAAACGAGCUUGGAGCGUAGAUUUCUCACGGACUGAUCCUACAAUGCUAGUGUCAGGCAGUGAUGACGGCAAGGUGAAGUUAUGGUGUACAAGGCAAGAAUCAAGUGUUCUCAACAUAGAUAUGAAAGCGAAUAUUUGUUGUGUGAAGUAUAACCCUGGUUCUUGCAACUACGUGGCUGUAGGUUCCGCGGAUCAUCAUAUUCAUUAUUUUGAUGUGCGCAAUUCUCAGAUGCCUCUUUAUGUGUUCAAUGGCCAUCGCAAAGCUGUUUCCUAUGUCAAAUUCUUAUCGUCUGACGAGUUGGCAUCUGCAUCAACUGAUAGUACUUUGCGUCUUUGGGAUGUAAAAGAGAACCAUGCGAUAAGAACACUGAAAGGACACGCCAACGAAAAGAAUUUUGUUGGGCUGACUGUUAACAGUGAGUACAUAGCUUGUGGCAGUGAAUCAAAUGAGGUGUUUGUAUAUCAUAAGGCCAUGUCAAAACCAGCAACUUGGCACAGAUUUGGAUCUCAAGAUGAAGAAAGUGACGAUACUUCUCACUUCAUAAGUGCCGUGUGCUGGAAAAGCGAGAGCCCUACGAUGCUUGCGGCCAAUUCGCAAGGCACAAUAAAAGUCCUGGUUCUUGCUCCCUGACUCCUUCACAGCUGCACUUACAAUGCCGUUCGGGCCGUAAGCUGUAUCAUGGUUGCAGGAUGUACCUUUAUUUUACGAGUGACGUUUUAGUUUCUAGUGGUUCGUAUUAUUGACCCUCUAGUUCUUACAUGCGAAGGUCGUAGAGGUUCACCUGUCUCAGAAGGCUACAUUGGAUAUGUCGCAUAACUUGACAGGUUUUUCUGAUCCUCACCUGAAAAGGUUUUUUUCCGCGAUAAAUCUAGCGUGAUGUGAACUACUAUGAUUGAAACUUUUGCAGGGAACUUGUUACCUCUGGUGUUGGGGAAGUCAUUACCCUCCCUUCAAGUAAAUUGCUAAAAUGGAUAAUGCAGCUGGAAGCAGCACAUUUUUUAUUAUUAUUGUAGUCAAUAUAACAACCUGAUGGAUGCAAAGAACUACGUUGCUGCACCGGUGAGUUUUGCUAAAUUGUUCUCAUGCAUCAUACCAGCUAAUGUUGGACAGUAGUUGCUAUUUGGAUACUUUGGAGCAGCAUCUUAGGAAUCCUUUACAUUCACUUCAUUAGGCUGGAGCUCAUACAGAAAUUGGUUGCUUGCUUGUAUAGGAAUUGGGUAUUUUCUUGUAGAUGGAAGGUUCAGAACAAUGGACCUUACACUAAUCAAGAUGCUUUGUGGCCCAUAAUUCUGGUUUAAACAUCGGACUACCGUCCUCCCAAAAAUAAGAUAUUCGGGGAAAAUUUGCUCAAAAUUGCAUGCAUUUGGUGAAAUUCUCAUCUAUGUUUCGUUUAUAUUUGGAGUAUUAUUGUGAAAAGAUCCGCAAAAUGUCUUCGAAACUGCGUAGGACAAAUUUGGAGUUGUCAUGUAAAUAAUAUUAAGAUAUUAUUUUAUGUUUUACUAUUCAAUUUUGUUCAAGUCAUGUCUUGAAAAUAAAGUAAGUUGAAUUGCUGCUAAUCAAUCCCAGUCAAUCGAAGGAGCUAGAAAUUGUGGCCUCUCACCCUCUCUCCCAAGAAUAAAGGCCCCAUAUUCAUUCCUUUGAAUCCUGCCUUCAGAAUUUGGCUACUUGGCUAUCCAUCAUUCCAGUGACGAACAUUUUGAAUCUGCGCAAGUUUUCAUAAGCUGCAGUCUUCUAGCAACAAUUGGUGAUGAUAAAUAUCACUGCAAGGACCACGCCGAGGUGCUUCGGCCAAUUUCAUCAAUUGAACAGGAUUCUUUGCAGAGGUGAGAGAGGGAUGGUCGAUCUGCGCCACGUUGCUCCCUGCCAGUCAAGGAAACCCUAGUCCUGUACAGACUCCUCACAGCUGAGUUUGUUACACCUCACUUGUGAGUAGUCUUGCUCGGAUGCUUAGCAGUGCUAGCCUGAGUUCACUCUUGCCAUUACAGAGCUGCCAAUUCAAAUUCCCAGUCAAGAAAGUUAGGUAUGUGGUGAUUUUUUUUGUAAUAAUUUGGAACUGAAAAAUUGUACGAAGGAAGAUUUUGAAUGAACGGACAGUGAACCAACCGA